AUGGCUCGUCGACUGAAUCGUGUGGCCCACCGACUCGACGGCAAAUCUAUCACUCUGGAUUUAAGCGAACUCCAGCGUAAUCUCUUCCCGAAGCUGCCUUGUACCAUCCUCUCCGCCAUGCAGAUCAAAGAACUCCGACUUUGCACCCUGGGCGUGGCUGCCAAGAGCUACGACCUGGUUCCAUGGAUCUCUAGCUUCAAUCAUUUGGAACGUCUGUCUAUUCGCUCUCGUGAUAGGCUCGAGUACACUCUAUGGUCCACUAACGCAAAAUUUGCGCAUGCGGUGUAUACGCAGCAUCCAAAACGUCUGCAUAGCGUGUCAGUUGAAGGGGAGAUAAUACCAGACCCAAGUCCAGACGAACACGAACACUCAGUUAUGCCGGCAACGGUACAUCCACAAUCGUACCAGCAUGCGGGUUCUCGCACGUUAUCCUUGCGUAACGGCUAA